AUGAAAAUGCAGCGAGCUCUCAACGAUUCCAGUGGCAACAGCCACCUUCUACUACUGCGGGAUGUCUUCGGAACCUGGUCUGUCCCGUCGAAAACUACCUCGUGGCUGUAUGGAACGGUGGUAUGUAUAAAGGUGAACAGACGGAGGCGUAACAAUAUACUCAACCACUCCAAACUUCUGACUGGUCUCCCCAUGUCUCGACUUGCUUUUUUCUUGACUUUAAUUGUCUCUUUCGCAUCAGUCUUCGCAGCAGAAAUUGCCGAGCGGGGCACGGCCGAUCCCUCCUCCGUCCAUGCGCUUGGAUAUGUCCCUUCGCGACACUUUGCCACCAUGGGAAUCAUCGCGUUCGCGCAAUCGGUAGUCGUGUCUCUGAUCCACUUCAUCUGGGUCCGACCAAUCAAGCUCUCUCUGCUUACUUACGUUGUCGGAAUGACCGGUAUGCUACGGACCCGCGAUCGAGUCCAGCCGCCUUUGCUGACGACGGUCAAGCGCUCACCACUGGUUUCCUCCUCCGGGCCAUGGACGGGGCCCCGCCUUUCUAUCUGUGGAAGUACAUCGCCUGGGAUCUGGUGCUUGAUUCUUCUUUCGCCCAGCUUCUUUAUCGCCACAUGCUACUUUCUUCUCGCUCAUCUGGGCAAUACGUUCAAGCCCGAUGUCGUCUCACGGUGUCUUUUCGUCAGCCCCUCAGGCAUUAUGACGUUCUUUGUCGGGAGCAAUCUCGUCAGUUUCCUGCUGGAGGGUGGCGGCGGAGCUUUGACUGUCUCCCAACAUGAUUCUCUCGCCGCAGCGGGCUCCAAGAUUGUCUUGACCGGAUUCAUUCUCCAGGCGGCCACACUGCUGCUCUUCAUCUACCUUCUGACUUCUUUCACUAUCCGAAUGUCCAACGACUACCCUCAUCUGUGGAAACCCACCAAGGGGGCGCCUUGGAAGAUAAUGUCUGCUGGGCCGAUCGACACCUGGCGCCUGCUGGUCUACAUGAUCUUCAUUGUCUGCGGCGGACUUCUGGUGCGCACGGUCUACCGCGUGGUUGAAUUCGCUGGAGGAUACAACGGCACCGUUGCCAAUAAAGAGCUGUACUUCUACCUCUUCGAAGCGCUGCCGCUCGCCAUGACCACGUCGAUGUUCAUCUCGCUCUGGCCGACACGCUUCCUCCAUCGUCAGAGACACCGUUAUUCGCUCCCCAGCAGACCGAGCGAGGAAGCGCUGAAACUUCAGCCAGUCACCGCAGUUUGAAUUUCGUUCUAUG